UUCACUCCGACCCCAAGAGACGCAGCAAACAUGAGCAAAACGCGCGUCUAGCCUCGUUUGAACGAUAAAAGAAGAGUUUAUUCUGACCUGAACUCGGAUUUUGCUUCUCACUGGAGUUAUUAAAGAGCGGAGGACGCGCAAGAUGAAGUACAAAAACCUGAUGGCCAAAGCGCUAUAUGACAAUGUGCCGGAGUCUCCAGAGGAGCUUGCGUUUAGGAAGGGAGAUAUCCUGACUGUCAUUGAGCAGAACACUGGUGGUCUAGAGGGAUGGUGGCUCUGCUCGCUGCACGGCCGCCAGGGCAUCGCCCCUGGCAACCGCCUCAAACUGCUUAUUGGUCCAAUGUUUGAUGGACAGACACCAGCCACGCCCUCUCCGCCACACAGCCACACCCUUCAACAGAGGCCGCUCACACCGCAGGGGGUUUACCAGGUGCCGCCGUCUCACCAGAGCAUCUACCAAACCCCUCCAUCCAAUGACCUGUACCAGGUGCCACACAGAGGAGCUCUGGCUGCUGAUGGGACACCCUGCAAGGUGGUGACACCAGUGCGAGUAGGGCAAACCUACGCUUUCAGCCCAGCUUCAGACUCGUCUCAUGACCUCUACGAUGUUCCUCCGGUUCGUCCACAAGGGGUCUAUGAUAUUCCUGCAAACAAGCAAACUGGACAGCAGAGCCUUUCCAGAGCUCAGGGCGUCUAUGAUACUCCUGCUUCAAGAGGACUCUACGACAUCCCACCAGCAUCACAAGGGGUGUACUCAACGCCUCCUUGUCGGAGUAACACUGCACAGGACGAAGGGAACUACGACUUCCCGCAGCCUUCGAAGCACAAACAAGAAGGAAUAUAUGACGUCCCACCAGCGUCGCUCUCUAAAUCUUCCCCAUGCUCCAACUACGACUUCCCACCCAGCUCUGAGCAGAUAUCUCGCAAAGUCAAAAACGACAGCGCCGGCAUCUACGAUGUCCCAGCUAGCCAACUUGCUGCAAGUGGAUCCCAGGACUUGUAUGAUAUUCCACGUGGGAUGCCACAGAACCGACAUGCAUCCUCUGAGAGAGACAGGAAUAAGUCCGUUUACGAUAUCCCACCGACAGACACUCGAAUGGUCGGUGACAUUACGGAUGGUGUAAACCGACUGUCGUUUUCCAGCACGGGAAGCACUCGCAGCAGCAUGUCGACUUCUUCGUCCUCUGCUGGAUCGCCAGCUGAAAGCCGUCUUGCGUUGGAUCUAGACUCUGCGGUGCAAAGAUUGAACCGCGUUCAGCAAAAUCUCGAGUCUUCAGUUGGCGCGCUGCAAACUCUAACAGCAUCGCCUAACUGGCGAACGUACAGCUUCAUGGAGCGUCACGCCAACGAGGUUCGCGUUUCACUAGAGCGCGUCAAGCUCUCAAUGUCAGACUUUCUUAUAUUUGGCCGUGGAGCUUCAGCAAACGCAACUGCGUUAUCCGAUCAAGGACUGCACGCCAAGUUACGACGCCAGUUGCAACGUUUAGAGGAUUCCCAUCAGAUUCUUCUACAGAUUUAUCAGACUCUAGAGGACAACAAUUGGGCGCUUAACAUUCUAACCGCUGGCGGCAUGCAUCACAGCAAGAGCGACGAACUGGAACGUUUUGUAAUGGUGUCGCGGACGCUACCUGACGAUGCCAGACAGCUGGCUUCAACGAUAGGGAGCAGCGCAGAGCUGCUUUUCAGAAGAGCACCAAUCGAAGGCAUCGUUCACCCCUUUACCUGCAACCCAACAGAGGACAACGGCUUCAGAAGCCAGAGCAAACCGUUCCCUGUAUCGCACGACAAAGCCAACAUGAACAGCGAGAAGUGCGUUAAGAGCUGGAUGGAUGAUUAUGACUACGUUCAUCUCCAGGGGAAAGAUGAAUUCGAACGACAGCAGAAGAAACUGUUGGAGAAGGAGAACAUCACCAAACAGGGCAAAGUCCAACUCGGACAAGAUCAGCUGAACCAGUUCAAACAGCUGGAGCAGGACGUGAUCAAACCAGUCGAGAACGACAUCACCAAGUGGAUUUCCCACCAAAACUCAACAGGCUCCUCCUCCUCAGACUCCUCCUCUAAUUUCUCUAUGGGAGGCGGAGCUCCGUUGUGUUCGCGGGACCGCCAGCUGCUGGGCUUCUACGCGGACCAAUGCGAACAGCACUUUGUGACUCUGCUCAACGCCGUAGAUGCUUUUUUCGGCUGCGUGAAGAGCGGACAACCUCCGCGAAUAUUCGUCGCGCAUGGAAAAUUCGUGAUCCUCAGCGCUCACAAGCUUGUUUUUAUAGGUGACACGCUUUCCAGACAGGCCACAGUGGCGGAAGUGGCCAACAGAGUCAUGAAUUUAAGCAACAUGCUAUGCGAGAUGCUAAAAACUGUUGUUAGCUCCACUAAAAUCGCGGCUCUUCACUAUCCCAACACGGCGGCGGUACAAGAAAUGGUAGAUCGGGUCACAGACCUCUCACAUUUGGCACAACAGUUUAAGGUGCAGCUCUCACAGAUGGCGGGAUUGUGAUGUCAUCGACCUUCAGAAAACAAACUCAUUUAAAUAUACAUAUAUAUUUAUACUCAUUCCAAUGUAGAUGCGUCACUGAAAGUUGUAAAUACUCCUGCGGUCUGUACAUAUUUGGCUCCAUGUUUUUUGUGUAGAUUGUUUUAUAUUAUAUUAAUAAUAAUAAUGAUCGUAAUAAUAUUAACUGUAUGAAUAGAAACGAUCUGUAGAGUGGCUGUUAACAUUCCUGAUUGUUGGUUUGUGUGUGCGUGUGAGUGUGUAUUAGGCACCUUACGAGUUGUCCUUAACUGCGAUUAUUGAGUAUUUUGCUGAAGCUAUGAUAUGAGAUGGUGUUUUGUACAUGUGCUGUAUUGUGUGACGCACACUCUGCCGAACGGUAUGAACAAAGUAAAAGAUUUCUCCAUCGUUGAGAAGGAAA